UCAACCAAAAAAAACUAAACUUCUCUCUCACUCGCCUAACGCCCUAAAUUUGACAGAGACAAAUAGCCUUUCGCUGAGAGAAACAGAUUUGAGACUGCGACUGCCGCUCCCACUGCCAACACCUACCUACGUACGUAAAACGUUUGAGAAGUCAAACCGGAAAUAAUGACUGUGUCAGUAAACUCCGGCACCGGAAAACUAGCUUUCCCUGUUGAUUACGAUUACGAUUACGAUUACGAGGCUCAUGAGGUUUCGCAACGCUUAGUCGACGCUGCGCACAACGACGAUUCGGCGUUGGUUUAUGAGUGCAUCGCUAACCCUUGCGUGGACGUGAAUUUCAUCGGAACUGUGAGCCUGAAGGCGAAGAAGACAGAGAUUGUUUUGCACGAGGAAUCGGCUCACGAGGUCUGCGUUGAGUACGAGGAGUUCAAGACUGAGGUUACUGCUCUGUUCCUCGCUGCUCAUUCUGGAAAUUUGAUACUUGUCAGAAAGCUUUUGAUUGAGGGAGCUAAUGUGAACCAGAAACUGUUCCGGGGCUAUGCAACAACGGCAGCAGUGAGGGAGGGUUUUUUGGAGGUUCUGGAAGUGCUUAUCAAUGCAGGGGCAUCUCAGCAGGCAUGUGAGGAGGCAUUGUUGGAGGCAAGCUACGUGGGGUUGGCCAGGCCAGUUGAGCUGCUUAUGGACUCUAACAUGGUCCGCCCGCAAGUUGCUGUGCAUGCCCUUGUCUCUGCGUGCUGCAGAGGAUUUGUCGAUGUUGUUGAUGCACUCGUCAAGUGUGGAUUGGAUGCCAAUGCAACUGAUAGGGUGCUGCUUCAAUCUUCCAAGCCAUUUCUGCACACCAAUGUUGACUGUAAUGCACUUGCUGCUGCCAUUCUUAGCCGGCAAAUUUCUGUUGUCAGAUUGCUAUUGCAGGUGGGCGUCAGGACAGACAUCAAUGUGAAAGUAGGUGCUUGGUCAUGGGAUAUGGAUACAGGAGAAGAAUUCCGGGUGGGUGCAGGACUAGCCGAGCCUUACCCUGUCACCUGGUGUGCUGUGGAGUACUUUGAAGCCAGCGGUGCAAUCUUGCAUAUGCUCCUCCAACAUCUCUCCCCUAACACCCCUCACUGUGGGAGGGCUCUCAUCCAUCAUGCCAUUCUAUGUAACAAUGCAAGAGCAGUCGAUAUCCUGUUACGUUAUGGUGCAGAUGUAGAAUUUCCAAUGACAACUUCAAAAACCAAGUUAUACGCCAUUCAUUUGGCAGCACGGCUUGGGUAUGCUAAAAUUCUUCAAUGUUUGAUAAAUGCUGGCUGCAAUCUUAACUCUCAAACUGAAUCUGGGGAAACUGCAUUAAUGAUAUGUGCUAGACGUAAGCAUGAAGAGUGCCUAAAAAUUCUGGCAUCAGUGGGUGCUGAUUUUGGUUUGGUCAAUACAGCUGGUCAAUGUGCAAGCUCAAUCGCUUACACAACUCGGUGGACUCUUGGCUUCCAGCAAGUAGUAGUAGAUGUAAUUCAAGCCGAUAAGGUUGUUCAGUCAAGCAAUGCCUCAGUAUUCUCCCCUCUAAUGUUUGUAAUUCAAGCUAAUGAUAUCGAAGCUUUGAAGAAACUCAUCAAGAAAACAGACAUUGAUCUAGAUGUGCAAGAUGCAAAUGGAUUCUCAGCUGCCAUGGUGGCUGCAAAAAAUGGUCAUGUUGAGGCCUUCCGGUUGCUUGUUUAUGCUGGGGCUAACAUAAGACUGCGUAAUAGAUAUGGUGAGACAGCAAUGAACCUAUUUGGAGUAAACCAAAACAGUGAAUCCUUUGCAAGAUUGAUGAUUGAAUAUGCACUAGAUAGAGGAUAUGAUGGUUCUGGUGGAUUUUAUGCUCUACAUUUUGUUGCUCACCGUGGAGACAUCAGUUUUGUUUGUAAAUUAACAAAUAGGGGAUAUGAUGUUAAUGCCUUAGACGAUGAUGGAUAUACCCCACUGAUGUUAGCAGCAAAAGGAGGCCAUGGUAAGUUGUGUGAACUUUUGAUCUCAUGUGGAGCAAGAUGUGACAUUGAGAAUAAGAGACAUGAGACUGCACUCUUGCUAGCAAGAAAAAAUGGUUUUGGAAAUGAUGCAGAGCGUGUGAUAUUUGAUGAGCUUGCUCAAACCUUAGUACUAGGUGGUGCUCGUGUAAAGAAGCACACAAGGUAUGGUAAAGGAGCUCCUCAUGGUAAAUUAUUGAGCAUGGUAGGGAAUGUUGGGAUUUUACGGUGGGGGAAAUCAAGUAAGAGAAAUGUGAUUUGUAAAGGUGCUGAGGUUGGGCCCAAUGCAACAUUUCGUAGGAAUCGUCGGAGGGAUGUUGAUGAACCAGGAAUGUUCCAUGUGGUGACUACAAAAAAUAAGGUGGUGCAUUUUGUAUGUGAUGGUGGGGUUGAAAUGGCUGAGUUAUGGGUGAGGGGAAUCAAACUUGUGACAAGAACAGCUCUUUUUGGAAAGGAGCAAAGUAGCCUGUAAAUAGUGAGCUUUGUUUUCACAAUCAUGUGAGGAGUUGGAAAAUGCUUCAUCUUCUUGUUUUUUCCUGUGUUAUAAAUUAUAAUACUCCCCUUGCAUUGUGAAAAUUUUAA